AUGAACACCAUCGACGCAGCUCGAGAGGACAAGGCCGGCGAGCCGCGGCGGGAGAACUACCACGUGCCGAACUACCCCACGGAGACGCCGAUCGCCUACCAUGCCGUCAUCUCCUUCUUCCGCUUCAUCCUCGCUAUCUUCUUCUCGCGGAUCGUGAUCGAGAACCCGGACAGGAUCCCGGGCAAUGGCCGGCCGACGAUCGUGCUCGUGAACCACUCCAACUCGCUGACGGAUGCGCUGAUCAUCAUGGCCUCGGUGCCGCGGCAUGCCCGUCGGAUGCUCCGGAUGACCGCCAAGGCCACCCAUUUCCGGAAGCCCACCUUCUCCUCGUGGCUCAUCGAGAAGGCCGGCUCGGUGCCGCUCCAACGCGCCCAAGAUUACCAGCCCGAGACCCGGAUCGACAACUCGACCACCCGCGAAAUCCUCGUCAAUGCGCUCUGUCAGCAGGGCGACGCCGUCUGCAUCUUCCCCGAGGGCAUCUCCCGCUACCAUCCCGCCCUGGCACCCUUCAAGACCGGCGCGGCCCGGAUCGCUUCAGACGUGCUGUGCCAAUUCAAGGCCCAGGAGCGCUUCGAAAUCAGCCUCCUGCCCUGCUCGAUCACCUACCUCCAUCGCCAAAACUUCCGCUCCGACGUCCUUGUCUCCUUCCACGACCCCAUCGUUCUCCGCCCCGACGACCCCGCCAAUGCAGACCUGGUGGCCGCCGACCCGGACACCCGCAAACGGGCCAUCGCCCGCCUCACCGCCACCCUCACCGAGAAAAUCCGCUCCGGGACCCUCGACUCGCCGUCCUGGGACCUCAUCAAGGCCGCUAAUAUGGCCCGAACGCUCUAUGCUCCGUUCGGCACCCAGCUCAGUCUGGGCACCCACAUCCGACUGACCCAGCGCUUCGUCGACGUCUUCGCCGGCCGCACCUCCGACCCAGCCUCCUCCUCCUCAUCUUCCUCCUCGCCUCAACCCUCUGCCUCGGCAUCACCACCAACAAGCCAUGACGACCUAGUCAAAGACUUGCUCGCUUACCAACAGCUGCUCUUCCAACGCGGCCUCAAGGACGCAAGACUCGCGAACAACCGCCUCGUCAGUCGCAGAGUCAUCCUCGCUCGCCUCGCCUUCAGACUCUGUGCCGCCGCCUUCUUCCUUGCUAUCUGUCUCCCCGGACUUACCUUCUGGGGCCCCACUUUCGCCGUCUCUGCUUACUUCGCCCAUCGCCAACGGCGCAAAGGACCGGCGUGGGAUACGUACGAUGAAGUGACGCAAACGAAGAUGCUGUGGGGCUUGGCCAGUGGGGUGGCGACCUACUGCACCGUUCUGGUGGUCUGUCUGCCCAUCUUCCCGAUCGUCGCCGUCGUUUUUCCCGUCUGGAUGUGGCUCACGCUGCGCUGGCUUGAGGAUCUGGUAGCAACACUACGAGCGACGCGCUCGUUGCUGAAGAUGCUAAUGAUCAGCAAGGACGAGCUCGGUGCGCUACGGGCCCACCGGGCCCGACUAGAGAAAGAGGUGCACACGCUCGCCGUCGAUCGCUGUAUGUUGCCGGGACGCAGGGAGGACGUGCUUGCAGCCGACCAGCAGCAGGAGAUCGUGAUCAAGAACGGGCAGGUCGCCGGGUCUAGAUUCGAUUACUUCUCUAUUCGUAGACGGAGGAAGAAGGACUAUAAUGAGGUCUUGAGGCUCUGGGACCUCGUCGAUAUGUAG